AUGCAUGACUCCUUUUGUGAAGUAGUCAUGCUCGCAAAGAGAGAGGCGGCCCGCGUGAGGGAGCAAUCCUCCUCCUCACGCCCCAGCAGCCGCAACUGGCGACACUACGGGCGUCGGGGAUCAAGGGACGAUCUCCGGCCACCAUUCGCGAUAAACUUACAAUGUGGUCCCAAAAUGCACCCUGGUGAGGACAUAGCGUUCCACUUCAACCCUCGCUUCGUUCAGAAUACUUUGGUUCGCAACCAUUUUGCCUGCUCCGGCUGGGGAACUGAGGAGGUUAGCAAUGGGGUGCCGAUGAAAGCUGGAGAAUGCUUCGAAGUUCUUAUCCAUUGCUACUAUUACAAUUUUAAGGUGGAGGUCAACGGAAUAUUUGCUUGCGAAUUCAACCACCGUAUCGACUUCCAAAAAAUCACCCACAUUAUGGUGGAUGGUGAUGUCACCAUUCAUCAGAUCAGCUUCGAGGGGCUCAACCCUCCACAGGACCCGAAAUUGAUGAUACCUUGCGUGGUUCCUAUCCCUGGUGACAUGCGCCCUGGUCGCACAAUGAGAGUCAAAGGAGUAACCCCUUGCGGGGUAAAGAGGUUCGCGAUAAACAUUCAGUGUGGUCCGAAAUUGUAUCCUCACGAAGAUAUUGCCUUCCAUUUCAACCCUCGAUUCUGCCAGAAGGCAGUUGUUCGCAACCACUUCACUUGCUCAGGCUGGGGACCUGAGGAGACACAGGGACCCCUGCCACUGAGCAGUGGAGAGCCUUUCGAAGUCUUCAUUCAUUGUUAUGAGCAUGCCUUUAAGGCGUUCUUGAACGGAAGCGAAAUUUGUGACUUCUCCCACCGGAUCCCGAUAGAGAGGAUUUCACACGUAAUGAUCGAUGGGGAUGCCUUAAUAUACCAGAUCGAUUUCGACGUGCCGCAUAAUCCGUGUGGACCUUGCGGCAUUGACACAGUUCCAGGUCCGUAUUAAAGAAGAGGAGAUAUACUGAAAAAAGGAUUUUAAUUACUUUUAAUAAAAAUGUGUGAACAUUGUACUAUGAAAUUAUUAAAUCAC